AUUGAGUCUCAGCUCUUGGUAAUAAAUGCAAGUUUAGACAUAAUUUCUUUAAGUGAACUUUGGUCUCCACAAUAUUUCAUUUGGUGUGGUGAUGAGUGAGUUUGAUAUGUCACUGUGAUAUUUGGAUAACAAUUUCUAAAUGCAGCUGUGAUAACAGUGCUUGAUAUCUACAAUAACUGUUAUUUAACAAUUGAUCAAGAUGAUGAAGUUCAAAGUAGCCGGUCUUGUGGCCGAUUUAAUGCCUAAUAUAAGACUUAUUCAAGCAUCUGGUCAUUUUAUGUUCAAUUACCAUGCUGACAAUUCUGGAUCGUUGCAUACUUUACGUGUUGGAUAUUCCUGCAUGCAUUUGGUUUUCUGUUUAUUUCAAUAUGGAUGUACUCUUGGUAACCUAGUAAGAGAAAAGGAUGAUGUCAACUAUUUAGCAGCCAAUACAAUAACAGUCCUUUUCUUUUCUCACUGUAUAACAAAAUUCGUCUAUUUCGCCUUAAGAUCAAAACUCUUUUACAGGACGUUAGGAAUAUGGAAUCAGCCGAACAGUCAUCCAUUAUUUCUAGAAUCAAAUAACAGAUAUCAUGCUCUGUCACUGAAAAAAAUGAGAACAUUGAUAGUUUGUGUUGUUUCUGCAACUAUUCUAUCCGCGGCGGCUUGGACUGGCAUCACUUUCGUAGGUGAGAGCGUUCAUAACAUAAAAGAUCCUGAUAACGAGAAUGAGACAAUCGUAGAAGAAAUUCCUCGGUUAUUAGUGAAAGCAUGGUAUCCUUGGAAUGCGAUGUCCGGAAUGACUUAUUAUAUAACAUUGAUCUUUCAAAUUUAUUACGUAUUUUUCUCUUUGAUGCAUGCAAAUCUACUGGACAGUCUUUUUUGUUCAUGGCUUAUAUUCGCUUGCGAACAAUUACAACAUCUGAAGGAAAUUAUGAAACCUCUCAUGGAACUUUCGGCAUCAUUAGAUACCUACGUUCCAAAAAGUGCUGAUUUAUUUAGAGCUACAAGCGCCACAUCCCAGGACAAUUUCAUUGAAAACGAUUAUAAUAUGAAAAAUGAGGAGCUGAAUCUCAAAGGAGUUUAUAAUACAAGGCAAGAACUGGGGGCGAACUUCCGAAGUGGUGCAUUACAAACGUUUGGUCCGGGUGGAGGCGGUGUAGGACCCAAUGGAUUGACUAAAAAGCAAGAGUUGAUGGUUAGAUCGGCUAUUAAAUACUGGGUCGAAAGACAUAAGCAUGUUGUUAGAUUGGUAACUGCAAUUGGAGAUGCUUAUGGUGUAGCGCUUUUACUGCAUAUGUUAACAUCAACUGUCAUGCUGACACUUCUGGCAUAUCAAGCUACAAAGAUAAACGGUGUUAAUCCAUAUGCUGCGAGUGUGAUUGGAUACUUAGUUUAUGCUUUGGCUCAAGUAUUUCAUUUCUGUAUUUUUGGUAAUAGGCUAAUUGAAGAGAGUUCGUCUGUUAUGGAAGCAGCAUACAGUUGUCAUUGGUACGAUGGAUCGGAAGAAGCCAAGACAUUCGUUCAAAUCGUCUGUCAACAAUGUCAGAAGGCAAUGUCUAUCUCUGGUGCUAAAUUUUUCACUAUAUCAUUGGAUUUAUUCGCUUCGGUACUUGGUGCCGUUGUUACUUACUUCAUGGUUUUGGUGCAACUUAAAUAAGUUUUUAAAGCGUUUAUAUGAUACGGAUAUUUUUUAUAAAAUUACUUAUAAGUACCUGAAUCAUAUAAUGAGAAAUCUACAGAGGAGUAGGAUAAUAUUUUCUGAAAAUAUAAGCUAGAUAUCAAUAUUAAAUAGGAAUUUUAAACUGUAUUUACAUAUAAUAGACCAGUUAAAUUGUCAUUCGUAGUGCGGACUACUACACCAUAGAAUUUCGUAGUAGGAUUCGUUUUUAGUAGUACCAAGAAGCUUAAUCCUCUGUGAAUGUCCAUAUCAUAGUCAAAAAUCGUCAAAAUCGUAAUUUUGUAUUUUUCAACUUUGUUAUACAAAAACCAGAAUUCCAUAAGUACGUGAAAAUCGCUGGAGUUUAAGAUUCAAAUAGUUAUAUUUGUCCCGAAAAUAUUAUGAUCCCCUGCCACUGAAAAAAGAUUUGUUAUAAAACAUAUAGCAGUAGGAAAGUAAACUUGAAACACUUCAUUAUAUCUGGCAAAUGCGCUGGAGUGCGAAAAUCUAGCAGCUAUCUAACCUUGACUUCCUAAAAUAUGACGUUGUACUCUCGGAAACUGAACAAAGAUCUUUCAAGAGGCUUUAAAGCAUUUGAGACAUAUAUUUCUAAUUCUUUGCUUAUAUUAUGAACCUUCAAUAAUAUGAUAUUUAAAAAAACAUUCUCUUUCAACGUAACUACAAAUUUUGUAAGACUCCAUCUGGAAGCUUGAGAAUUGAGAUUGAUGAAAGAAAAUAUGAAAUAACGAUCUCAUUCAAAUUUCAAAAAAAUCAUUUUAUCUCCAGAUUGUUCAAAUUAAAUUUAUACACAUUCAUUACUUUAGCGUCAAAACAGGCUAAACGUAAAUAAGUGCCAACUUACAGUGAUUUUUAAGGUUUUUGACAGUGAUCCGGAAGUUGUCCGAUAUACAAAUUCAAUUUAACAUUUUCAUCCUUUCACACAUAAUAAAUGAAAAAGAAA